CUUCUCCCCCCGAUCCCCACGCGAUCUCGCCCGCCGCCGCCGCCGCCGCCGCCGAAAAACCAUGGCUUUCUCCGCGCGGAGGAGCCUCGCCACCAGCCUCUCCAGCCACCUCACCCGCCGCCUCCACCCCUCCCUCUCCCACCUCGUCCCCUCCUCCCACCGCGACGACAACCACGAGGACGCCUCCUCCUCCUCCUCCGCCCCCCCGUUCCCCACCCAGCAAGCCCCCCUGCACUUCCCCUCCGGCGACCUCCGUCGGCGCGCGAGAUCCCAGGGCCUGGCCCUCCCCCUCCCCUUCGGCGCCCACCUCGCGGCCCGCCGCAGCUUCUCCACCUCCUCCCCCGGACCGCAGAUCGAUGGGAUCCUCACCGACCCCGCGGCCGGCCAGAUGGAUGUCGCGGCGGGCGUCCUCUCCGACGCCGCGGCCUCGGUCGCGCCCGCCUUCCCGCUGCCCUUCCCGGGGGAAGUGGCCGCCGCCGCCGCAGACUCGUUUCCCCCCGUCGCGGCACUGCAGUACGCCAUCGACGCCGUCCAUUCGUUCACCGGGCUCGACUGGUGGGCUUCUAUUGCGGUGACGACCAUCUUGAUCCGAACGGUGACGAUCCCGCUGCUUGUGAACCAGUUGAAGUCUACGAUGAAGUUGAAUGCAAUGAGGCCAGAAAUUGAGGCAAUCAACAUGGAGAUGCGAAAUUCAAUGGAUCCACAAUCAAUGUUAGAGGGGAAGAAGAAAUUGGGCGAGCUAUUCACGAAGCAUGGUGUUAAUCCAUUGACACCCUUGAAGGGUAUAUUCAUCCAAGGGCCUAUAUUCAUGAGCUUUUUCUUUGCUAUACAAAACAUGGUGGAGAAAGUCCCUUCUUUGAAAGGAGGUGGAGCAUAUUGGUUUACUGAUUUGACAACUCCUGACGAACUUUAUAUCCUCCCAGUAUUGACAUCGGUGACAUUCUUGGCUACGGUGGAGCUCAACAUGCAAGAAGGCAUGGAGGGAAAUCCUAUGCUGCAAACAAUGAAGAAGUUCUCUAGAAUAUUGGCUCUUAUGACUAUACCAUUUACAAUGCACUUUCCCAAGGCAAUUUUCUGUUACUGGGUAACGGCAAACUUGUUCUCUCUUGGGUAUGGUUUUGCUCUCCGGAAGACAGCCGUAAGGUAUUUCUUGAAUCUUCCGGAGGUUAUACCACAGCCCGAACCUGCGCAAAUGUCGACCUUCAACCUUUUCGAGACACCAAAGCCAGUGUCAGCAGUUGAUACACCCACUGGGAACAACAGUGAUUCACCCAUUGGAGACAAUGGUGAUUCACCCACCGCAGCCAACGGGUCAGAGCAGUCUAAUGCUGAGCUAAGCGAUCGGGUUGUGUUUCUUGAGAAGAAGAUUGCAGAACUUGAGAGGCGGGCUAAAGCUAGAGGUGAAUCUCAAGAGUAAUAAACUAACAGGUAAGUUUUUGAUCGAGCACGCGAAUCCUAUCCUAAAAAAGCACUGUUUGUAACCUGUGUCUCGUGGCGAAGGGAUAUCUGGCACCGACUUACCAAUAUAGCACCAAGAUUUGACUUGGACUAUCCAAUUUUGUGAGCAUGUGUGUGUGUGUGUGUGUGUGUGUGUGUGUGUGUGUGGCAACUGUCGUUUCGAGCGAAUAAACCGGGGGGAUCCUGGCAGAUAAAAUCGCCAUUGUUUGUUGGAUUAACCGCAGUGAUGCUGGUCGAGCAGAAACCAGAGGGUACUUAUUAUUCUUGUAUCACUUGCUUGACAUUUGAGAAUCGAACGAUGUAAUAGUAUUAGCUUUUAGUUUGCGAUCAAGAUAAAACGAGGCUGUUGAAAACAUAUGGCGGGACUGUCAGAUUCCAUAAUAUGAUACUACAAUAUUCUUUGCAA